GCUGGAGAGUAGAGUCUCGGGUUUGUUUUGUCUUAGUUUCUUGAAAAAAUCAAAACCAAAAGCAGAAACAAGAAAUAUGGUUGGGAUUGAUCUUAAGCAUGAACAAAGACUUCUUGUCAGAAACUUCAAACGCCAGGGAAUAUUGGACAAUCACUUUGAUCAAAUCCUUGAGAUUGCUACACCAGAAAAUCCUCGUUUCAUGUUGGAAGUGAUGAUGGUGUUCUUGAACGAUGCUGAUCACUGUGUAUCGGAGCUGAAUCGACUAUUGAAUAUUGAAGCUGCUGUUGACUAUGGACUGGUUAUCAACUAUUGUCACCAGCUUAAAGGCAGUACCGCAAGCAUUGGUGCUCGUCUGGUGGCCAUUGCUUGUCGUGAGCUUCGCAUUGCUACUAAUGAGAUGGCUACAAAUGAGAUGAACAAAGAUAGGUGCUUGGAGGCAUUUGGCAAGCUAAAGGAUGCGUAUCAGAUUCUGAAGAACAGCCUUAAUAUUAUCAUCCAGAUUGAGAGAACCAUUGUCGCUAACAGUGACAGGCGCCGCCGCAACACUCGCCCAUAGAACGUUCGUCUGUAAUGGCUUCGCAUAUAUAAGCUACUUUCCUUUUUUUCAUAUUAAAAAAAGAUUGU